CAGAUUAACCAGUAAGCAAGGUAGGAACGGGUUUACUUGUGUUUAUUUACUAAUCUGUAGUACAAACCCAUGAGAAAUAUAGUGAGAGCUGGAAUUACACCAGUGGCAGCGGCCAUUAAAAAUAAAGAGCAUGAGAGAAAUAUUUGAAGGCAGAUAGAACGACGGGAAUCUGGAAUGUGGAAACGGAAGGAGAGAAGAGUCAAAGGGCACAGGCGGAUUUCUGACUUGAGAAAGGAAGGGUGAAAGAUGUGUGUGUGUUUAUAUAGUGACCCCAAGGGAGCCAAAGGGCUGGUUUUGUUUUGUUCCGGUUUGGGGUGGUGAGGUUCCGUUUUUUUGAUGGAGUGAGUUUAGAAGAAGACGGCCAACACACAAUUGAAAAUCGAGGUCUGGGGUGUCAGGGAAGAUGGAAGUCUGGGGAAGUGCACUGGCUGAAGCCUUGGAUGUGGGUCAACAACCCUUGUUCCCGGGGUGAGGACGGGCCGUCCUUUAACAACCCGUCGAUGGCAGAGACGCUACCUAACCUUCAGGAAGACUUCAGGAUGCAGAAUAAGUCUGUCUUUAUUCUGGGGGCCAGCGGGGAAACCGGCAAAGUGCUCGUAAAAGAAAUACUGGAGCAAAGCCUGUUUUCCAAAGUCACGCUCAUUGGCCGGAGGAAGCUCACCUUUGAGGAGGAAGCUUAUAAAAAUGUGAACCAAGAAGUGGUGGACUUUGAAAAGUUGGAUGACUAUGCGUCUGCCUUCCAAGGUCACGAUGUUGGAUUCUGUUGCCUGGGCACUACCAAAAAAAAAGCCGGGGCGGAGGGAUUUGUUCGUGUUGACCGAGAUUAUGUGCUGAAGUCUGCAGAGCUGGCAAAAGCUGGGGGGUGCAAACAUUUCAACUUGCUGUCCUCUCAAGGAGCCGAUAGGUCAAGCAGUUUUUUGUACCUGCAGAUUAAGGGAGAAGUGGAAGCCAAGGUUGAAGAAUUAGAAUUUGAUCGUUACUCCAUAUUUAGGCCUGGAGUUCUGUUAUGUGAUAGGCAAGAAUCCCGUCCAAGCGAAUGGUUAAUCAGGAAAUUCUUUGGCUCCUUACCAGAAUCCUGGGCCAGGCCGUACUCUGUGCCCGUGGUGACCGUGGUGAGAGCGAUGCUGAACAAUGCUGUCAGACCAAGUGACAAGAAGAUGGAACUGCUGGACAACAAGGCCAUCUAUGCCCUGGGGAAAGCCCAUGACACUCUCAAACCGUAAUGAUAGUGGAGAAAAUGCUUUUUAUUGCAAACUUUAACACCCACUACCAUAUCGGUCAUUUCAGAGUCUGAAAAAGUCAGCAUACUUUAACUUUGUUGGUUUACUAUUCUCAGCCACCCAUAGCCAAUCCAGAAAUGACUGUAAUCUACAUCAGUGGUUUAGAGCCUGGUCGUACAUACAGAUCACCCAGGGAGCUUUUGAAAAAGAGACGUCCGUAGGCCCUACCUCAUCUUCUGAAUCAGAAUCUUUGCAGUAUGGGCAUACGAAUCUGUUUUGUUUUGUUUAUGUGUCCCCUGGUGGUUCCGAUGCCACUGGCUGGAAUAUCAGCUUUGGAAACACUUGUUUGUAGAGUCCCAGCAGCAGGGUAAACCUCAUGUGCCAUGCAGAAGAGCUCUGUGCUAAAAUUGUUAACAUUCAUGUCUCUGAGGUUACCCAGUGCUAUUGCAUUGUAUACAGCAUGUACAAUGAACAUUGUGCCUUUCCUAAUUCUUCAGAAUAUAUAAUAAAACGAGCUCUCACAACUGAGGUUAUAUAAUUCAUGGGGAGAAUUAAACAGGAAUAAAAAUACAUGGACAAGUCUUACGUGCUGCAUAGACAAGAUUGUUAGAAAAUGCCGAAGUCUCAAUGGUGAUAUGCAACAUUCUGGUGAAUAGGAUGAUAUAAUGAUUAUCUGACACUUACUAAGUGGCAGCCAUUGCAUGUAUUCUCUGUCCUUUAACUCUCCAAUCUUUAGAAGGUGGUGCUGUCACUAUCCCCAUAUCUUAGAUGGGGAAACUGAGGCUCAUUGUGGUUAAGUGCCUUGCUUAAGGGCCCAAAGCUGAAGACUUGAAGCUAGGAAGUAGCAGAGCCAGGAUUCUAACCCAGGUCUGCCUAAUCUCAUAAUUUGUAUUUUUAACCAGUCUGCAAGAGCAUCUUAUAUGUGUACAGUUCAGGGAGGUCCAGUUAAUUUUUACUGAGUGAAUAUAUACUGUGAGUGAAUAAAAUUCAAAUAUUUGACUUUCUGGCCCAGGAUUCUUAUAAUGAUUUAACUACAAAAUGUUUACAUAGCCAGUAAAAUUUCUAUGGCACCACACUUUAAAGGGCUUAAAGUGCUACCCUUUAAAAACUAUAGAAAAGGAAGAUGCAGAAGGUAGGUCAAGGCCAAAAGGAGCACACAGUGCUAAUUUCCACUCUAG